UACAGGUGGCUCUGGUGCAGGAAUGCCUAGUCCAUUUAGUACCGGAAACAAAGGAGGUACCGGAAAUGGACAGGGACCUUUCACCAUGUCGUCUUCUGGAAGUGGUGGAAUAGUGGACGGAAGCGGCAUGCCGAGUUCGUUGUCCACGUCACCAGCGUCCGGUGGCGGGCCUGGUAGUAUGGCUGGAGGAACAUUCGCCACAGACAUGAUGGGAAGCGGCGGUCCCGGGGGUUUCGCUGGAGGGUCAUUCGACCUCGGACUCGGAAGUAGCGGCCCAGGUGGUCUCGAAGGUGGGACAUUUGACGUUGGUGGAGGCUCCGGUCUGAGCGGCGAUAGUGACAACAGUCUUUACGACACCACACACUACCAAGAUAUGCUUCAAGAACAGUUCCACGGCGACAUGUACGAGCCGGGACUUACCGGAACCCCAUUCUCUGGAGAUUCUGCCACAUCCGCUGAACAGGACAAUGUUGUUGACUAUAAUAAAAACCCGUAUUAUAGUCUUGGGUCGUAUGCCGUAUCAUCUGGGUCAGGAUGGGAUGGAUCGUCCACGCAAGCAGGAGUGGUGAAUGCCGGGAAGGGAACGGGCGCCAACCCCUUCGACACAAACAGUUACUCAACCGACUCAAAGGGACCAUUCACAGCCUCAAAUUCCAAUUCAGGAAGUAGUUUCUCCGGUGGAAGUAGUUUCUCCGGCGGAAGUAGUUUCUCCGGCGGAAGUAGUUUCUCUGGCGGGAGUAGUUACUCAACCGGAAUGAGCGGGGAAGCUCAGUACACAGACACAAUGAUGACUGGCGAAGCGGGUGUUGGUGCUGGCCCCCUUUCUUCCUUGUUUGCAAACUCCGUCCAAUCAGCGGGAAGGUCGGGGUCUUACGGAUCUUCAUACAGUUCUGGAGCAGGUUACGGAACAGCAGCCACAUCAGACGAGCAGCGUUACAUAUCUCCCUUUACUGGGUCCUACAACGACAUGGUAACCAACCCACUAUCACCGCACAGCAACGACCAAUCAAACUACGGGGGUCCUCAAGGAGGUUCGAUCAAUUAUGGGAGCCCGCAGGGGAACUCCAACAGUUCUCCUUUUAACGUCAAACAGGGGUUCAGUUCUUCUACGUCAAGUAUGGGAUUCGGAGGCUCGAGAAGUCCUGGUGGAAACCCUGCGAGUCAACAAGGCUCGAGCUUGGGGUUAACCCUCUCCCGUCAGGACCCCUCCCACCAGGGCGGCGCCUCCUAUAAUAUGCCAUACAGCCAUUUACGGGGAAGGAGGACAUCAUACGGCCUGAAUUCAUUAUUGCCGAGAAGAUCAACUAAUCCAUUUAAUACAUCCCGACAAAAUCGACGUCUAUACUUCUAACAUUCAUAUAUAUGUGUCUGUUUGUAGUAUUAUGAUUGUUCGCGUAUCUUUCUUAGACAUGUGUAUGGUCUUUAAUACAUUCAAUAAAGAUUGAAAUGAUAUUAAAGUAUAGCAUCAAUGAUCCAAUAACAUAAACUCCAAUCACAGCAGGUAAACAGUAUGGGUUAUUGUAAAGGAACUUGUGUAAGUAAAACAACUGGUUCCGUCAAACAUCUGUAAUUAAUUAUAUUUUAUUAUAUUCAGGUACAUUUAAUGCAUAUUUCGAUUAUGUUUGGAAUCAUUCAUCGUUUAGAUUUUAAAUCAAAUCAUUC